GCACUGGCGGACCACGUAUACAGGUAAUAAACACCUUCUCAAAAUAUCUCUACAUAGGAAACCACUCCUUUUGCCGACCUCUUUACUAACCCCUCGUAUUACAACACCAGCCCACAUGACCUCGCAGCCCCGAUCUCCAGCGGCUCCUAUCACAUAUACGGGAUGAUCGCAGCACCUUGCUCGACACGGAUGCUCGCCGCUAUUGACGCAGGUAUAUGCGACGACCUCAUCACACGUGCGGCGGACGUCUGUCUUAAGGAGCGGCGUCUCCUUGUCCUCACCUUCCGCGAGGCCCCUUUUAGCGAGAUUCAUCUACGGAACAUGCUGAGUGUCACUAGCGCGGGGGCCAUCGUCGCACUGCCUGUCGUCGGGGUUUGCACGCGGCCGUCGUCUGUAGAGCAGGCUGUCGAGUAGAUGACGGGGCGGUUGCUAGAUUUGUUCGGGCGGGAUGCGAAGGACUUCGUUAGGUGGGAGGGUAUGCAUAAGGAGAGUUGGGGGGCUGUUUGUUUAAGUGCGGAAUGGGAUCUCUAAGGUCUAACGCUACUGUUAUGGAGAGCUGGAAUGGAGAUGUAGUUAUACAAUGGAGGUUUUCUUUAUGUCAUUCGUGCCCUGAUAUCGUACUUGUUACUCCUUACUGUUCUAUCUACUAAGAAUAAAGCCCCAUGCUAAUCUAUUAAACUCA